AUGGGUGAUUCUAAGACUCCGUUUUCCUCUAGCCCUUUGUGCCAAGAAGAUAUAUUUCGGUCGAAGGGACACGAAGACAAAGAUAUAGACUUUAACCCAUGUUCUAUCUCCGAAUCUGAUGAUGAGUAUAUGCAACAGCUAUCCAGAAAGAGACCAAUGUUGAGCCAAUUAGCUCUAGCAUUCUUCGGUUUUCACUUCCGUACAAUUUAUCUGUCAUUAAUAUACUUCGAUCGGUUCUUUUCAAGGUGUGUUAUAGAGAAUGGGAAAAUAUGGAGUGUUCGAUUAAUAUCGGUGGCCUGUUUAUCAUUGUCUGCGAAAAUGGAGGAGCUUAAAGUACAACCAUUAUCUGAAUAUCACGUUGAUGAUCACAACUUUGAAGACAGUACGGUUAAGAAAAUGGAACUAAUGGGGCUGGAUGCAUUGGGAUGGAAAAUGGGUCCAACCCUUCCAUUCGAUUAUCUCCACUAUUUUGCUAUCAAGUUCUGUGAUGAUUCUGAACGAAAAGAAUUGAUCUCCAAAGCUACUGAACUCAUUAUGGCUCUAACAAAAGUGAUUAAUUUGUUGGAACAUCGACCAUUGAUUAUUGCUGCAGCAGCUGUCUUAGCAGCUUGUGAAGAUCAAUUGACAAAAGCAUCAAUGGAGUUGAAGAUUAGUGUAAUUACAUCAUGGGGGUCUCCAGAAAAAUUAUAUCUGACUGUGUCUCAUUACAUUGCACUUCGACAGCAGCAUAUAUAUUCCUGUUAUGGCCUUUUGCGAAAAAUGCCAGUAGGAAAAUCUAAUACUGGUAAAUCAGACAUUUCUCCAAAUUUGUCGUCAACUCCUCCAAUUCGUGAGAAUUCUCCAAUCACCUCGGGCAUUGGCACUAGUAGAAGGAGAUUGAGAUACAAUACCUCCGAUCAACAUUGUCCUGUUUCCAAGGAGCUGAUUGAUGGCACUACAGAAUCUUUGUUAUUGACAGUUGAUUCUUACUAUAAGAUCGGAUAA